AUGGCGGACGCGAAUACGUACCUCUUCGUCGCGGACAUGAUCGCGUGCUCCUCCGAGGAGGGGGCGACUGCGUGGGAUAUGAAGGGUGAGAACAUGGCCGAAAAGGCUUACUAUCUCACUCAGCAGUAUUUCGGCAUGAAAAGCAAAGAGGACAUGACCGAGAAGCAAGACACUGAGGUAGUCCAUCUGCGCAGAGAGGCAAAUACAAAGGUUGAGAAAGCGGAGGAGAAUGCGAACGCGCAAGUCAAAAACCUACAAACCAAACUGGAUGAGAUGACCAAGCGUGCGCUAAAGGCAGAAGACGCUCUCAAGGACAAAACCAUCAGCGACAUACCGACAAGAUUCGCUACACAGGACCCAGCGAGCUUUCUUCCUGGGGCUACUCUGGACGGGGUACGGGAUCAUGUGAAAGAGUCUGGAAAGCUCAUGGUGAAAAGGAGGCUCGAAGAUCAGAUCGUCAUGAAGGCUGAGUGCAUCUUCUGUGCUGACGCUGGGCGCGAGGACCACGGCGACAGAUCGCGCGGCCCGACGACCUCAACGGCGGAGUGGUGUUAUCCAUGGCGACCCGAAAAUCUCCAGUGGCACCACGCCAACAGCCACCCUGCCGCGUACGCGAAAUUGAAAGAGCUUCAUGGAGUAGCAGAGGCAGCCAAGGGGACAGCUGCGACAAAGAAGGCUAAGCAGAAGAUCGACGCUUUCCUAGAGCAACCUCGGAACUGGCUGCAACACGACUAUGACUUGAACAAGCAAAUCGCUGCCUUGUCGGACAAGCAUCAAGCUAUCAAGGAGAGAGAGAAACGCCUGGACGUUCGGACUGAGGCGGCUAAGACCAUGAAGUUGCACAAUCUAAUGGAGACCAACCGACUCAGGGAUCAACUCCAACGAUUGUGCGCCAGAGAGCUGGACUUGAAUAAGAGAGAAGAUGCCAUCGCCAGGGGCUGCAACGCCCCCACAUACGUGUUGCAGUCGAAAGUGGUGUCGCUAGAAGCCCAAGUCGUCCAGCUUUUCCGAGAAAACGAGGAGCUGGGAGACGAACUCGCGCUCAAAAACAGAGAGUUCGAGCAGCUUCGCGGUAGCACAACCCUCCAUGAUUUUGUCAGUGAUUCACAGCAGCAAGGGAACAUCGAAUCGCAGGAAGUACUCGGAGAGUCACAGCUCGGGGGUUUCCAGGAGCAAUGCAUCUUGGCGCGCCGCUUCUUGCCCUUCCCGAGCUCGACAUCGCCGGCGCGACAGACGGAGAUCAUGAGAGGGUCUGCUGAAUGA